UAGAACUUCAUUAAUUUAAACAUGACUGACAUAGAAGCCUAUUUUCCCUUUGUCCUUACAUGCAUCAUAUCCACGAUCUUAGUGUGGGUGUUUUCAAAAACUACUCGACCUAAAUCUCAUAACAUUCCUCCAACCCCAUUUGCCCUUCCUAUUAUUGGACAUCUUCACCUUUUAUAUCCGAUCCCACAUCAAGCUUUUUGUAAACUUUCAUCUCGAUAUGGGCCGAUUUUUCGUAUCUUUUUGGGUUCCAAACCUUGUAUUGUUGUUGGUUCACCGGAAAUGGCAAAAGAAUUCCUUAAAACACAUGAACAUGCUUUUUUAGAUAGAGCUCGAAGCUCAACCACAGAUUACAUAACUUAUGGAAACAAAGACUUGGUGUUUGUUCCUUACGGACCGUACUGGAAGUUCUUGAAAAAGAUAGUUAUGUCAAAUCUCCUAAACGGAAAAACACUUGACACGCUUAGUUCAGUUAGGCACGAAGAGAUAAACGGUUUUAUAAAACUAAUAUCGAAAAACUCUAAACUUGGGGAGGCUGUCGAUCUUGGUAAGGAGCUGAUGAAGUUGACGAAUAGCGUGAUAUCAAGAAUGAUUAUGGGACAAAGAUGUACAGAUGAGAAGGAUGAUGAUUUGAUGAACUUGGUUACUGAUAUGUUUCAGGCAGCGGGUAAUUUUAACCUUUCAGAAUAUAUAUGGUUGUUUAAAAGUCUAGACUUGCAGGGAUUAGGGAAAAAAGUGAAGAUGCAUCAUGAAAGAUUUGAUGUCAUGAUAGAAAAGAUCAUAAAAGAACAUGAAGAGGCAAGAAAACACAAGGGCAUCACUAGAGAAGCCAAGGACUUAAUCCACAUUUUACUCGAUAUUCAACAAGAUGAGAACAUGGAGAUAAAGUUGAGCAGAGAUAACAUCAAAGCCUUCAUCCUGGACAUGUUUGUUGCUGCAACCGACACUUCGGCGAUUAGUAUAGAAUGGGCUUUAUCGGAACUAAUCAAUCACCCAAAUAUUAUGAAAAAGGCACUUGAAGAAAUCCAUCAAGUUGUUGGAGGAGACAGACUUUUACAAGAGUCAGACAUACCAAACCUUCCUUACCUCCAAGCAAUUGUGAAAGAAACAUUUCGCCUCCACCCGGCUGGCCCAGUGAUUGCGAGGCAAUCAACAAAAGAUUUCAUAGUGGCGGGUUACCAUAUUCCAGCAAAUGUUCAAAUUUUUAUCAAUUUGUGGGCUCUUGGUAGAGACCCAAACCAUUGGGAAAACCCACAUGAAUUCCGGCCCGAAAGAUUCCAAGAAAAGGAGUUAGAUGUGAGAGGGCAACACUUUCACUUCUUACCAUUUGGUAGUGGGAAGCGGAUGUGUCCCGGGAUAACACUAGCACAGUUCAUGAUACAUACAACGCUUGGCGCAAUGAUUCAGUGUUUCGAAUGGAAAGCUGGAAAAGAUGGAAAUCUACAAAGUGUUGAUAUGGAAGAGGGAUUUGGGCUUACGAUUGCUAGAGCCAACCGUUUGAUAUGCGUCCCAGUAGCUCGUCUUAAUCCUAUCCCAUUUUCAAUGUAACAUGUUAUGCAUGUAUUGUUUACUUACUAUUCCAAGCUUUUUAUCGGUCAGCCUAAUGUUAUCAUCUAUGCAAAUAAAAUAAGAGGAGAUCUAAGUAUUUCUUGUCCUAAAUCUAAUCCAGUUAUUAAUAUUUGAUUUUA